CUUAAGUUCAAUGCGAGACACGGGACGCGUACCCGAAGGUAGUUGAGACACCAGCCAGUAGCUGCUCUCACUCAAAUAUACCCAGUCAUAUCACAGUGGUAGUGUUCAAUUAGCUGAAAAUUACGAUACAUGCCACUUUGGACCCUGCGUACAUAGGUUUUAUAUGAGUGAAUUACCUGCGGAUAGUUGGAGUCAAUCAGAUUUCGUCUUCUUCCCGGAAGAUCAGCAGCAUGUCUUGGACCAGCGUCUCCCAGCCAUACGCAACCUUCCGCCACAAAGCUCUUGGCUACUCUACCCCAGUGCUUGAGCCUCAACAGUACAUUGAAAUAUGGGAGCUAGAUGAAGUAACAAAGGCUAUGCGCCGUCGUCCAGAAACAAAUUCGAUAUAUUUGGACACUAAAGCUUCCCUACGCGUUAUUUUUGCACCCCUUGACCUUCCUCAAGCCCAGUCACUACAACAAUUGCUGGAACUAUUCCAGGUCCUCUCGGUCCCAAGAGAAUUUACAAUAGAAAGGGUUCAAGAUGUCGCUCAUAGUUUCGGCACGAGAAUUGAAACAGACGGCACCAGCACAUGGUUUCAUUUUCUAUGCAAGAGGAUCGAGCUACUCAGCGAAAGCAGUAACGUCGAUCCUAAGUUGUCAGGAACUACACUGGUCGGAGAGUCCGCACUUCUCCAAGCAAAGUAUGGCUGGCAUCGAUCCGGCUUCUUUCUGAGGACAACGCACGAUGGUAGGACGACGCUUGCCAUCUUUGGGGCAACGCCCAAUGUGUAUUCAAGGAUUGUCGACUUUUUGCAGACGAACCAUGUCCACGUCGUUCAAUCUGAACCCCUGGUCUUGCUCGAUCUGACUUUAGAGGGUCUCUUCCUCGACGUAGAUACAGCCCUCUGGAACAUGGUCGACGUCUUCGGGCCCAUGGAGCAUGACGUCCUGAAUUUAGCCAACUCGAAAAAUGUGGUGAAUAUCAGCAAAAACAUUGAUUUCGCCAAACUGCACGAUUGUGCGAAGCACAACAACUACAUCGCUGAAGCAGUAGAUUCCAUGCUGCUGCUUGUAGAUAGGAUGCUCGUUCUGGUUAAAAGAGAUGCUCAAGAUACUGACACAGCCAGAGAGACAUUGCAGCGUCAGCUUGCGGACUCCCUCGAGUACCGCCGGUCACUAUUCAAGUCGACCAAGCUUCGGCAGACCAGCUUGCAGAGGCGUAUCGAUAUCGCAAUCACUUUAUCCUUCAAUCUCGUCACUCAACAAGACUCAAUGGUCAUGAUUCGAGACUCCAACUCGAUGAAGAUCAUCGCGGCGAUUACCAUGAUCUUCUUACCAACAAGUGCUGUAGCCGCCGUGCUCGGCAGUCAGCUUUUCAUGUCCCAGAUAAACGAAGACGGUUUAUGGACAGUGCAAGUUACACCUCCAUUCAAUUGGCUCUGGUGGAUCUCGGUCCCUCUGACUAUUGUAAUCGCAAUAUUCGCGUAUGUCCGUCGCUGCUGCACACGUGCCCGAAGCUCACGACCAGCCGGUAACACGUAUGUUCUCAAAGGUAGAAUGAGUCAGUUGCAACAGAGAGGUUAGAAACAAUUUAGUCGAGCAGAUGCUCUGUGGUGAUGAUGAAACCUAUGGUCGUGUUGUUGUCUGCUUUGAGACUGCCUCUGCUGGGCGAGAUCUUAUAUGUAACAUAAAAAAGUACUGUAGACAGAAUCAUCCAAAAAUGCAAA